GAUUCCGACGAGCAACGAACAGUUCUCAGGCUUUGAUGUUGGCGUGUUUGGCGCGGAAUGCACUGGCAUCAGAGGCGUUGCUUCUUGAGUGUUGGGGCCGCCUGUUUCUGUUCCCGGGGCGUGGCUCUGAAUAUGUGCCAUGCUUCUUCUCAUGCCUACUGGAGGCGCGGAGUCUACUAUGCCCUCAGGCGGACAAUGGCGAGAUCGGAGCAUGGUGCCUUUAGCCAAAGCUGCCUACAUGCCUGCGACUAUGAGUUGUCAAAAGGCAAUGCUCGGGGACGAAAACAGCUACUACGUUAUCAGCACAAAGCACCCGGAAGAGUAUGGAGAGAAGCCUUUACAGAGCCGCGCAACAGACCUAUGCAACCCCGGCAUGGACCCGGGCAUCAUUCCAAUGCAUCGCAACCGGCUGUCAAAAUCGCGAGCAACCCGUCAUAAGAUGCGUGUGGGGCUCAUGGAAAAUGUGUUGCCAUUACAGGACGACCAUGGUUGGGCCGCGCGAUCCGAGUACUGCAAGGCUCAGUCAUCCCAAGGCUCAGUGGGCUUGGGAUUGGCAUCGGCAUCUUGCGGUGUGAAGUCCAAGACAACCAAGAAAAACCGCCGCGGCGCCCGACAGAAUUCGGGACUGACGCUGAGUAUCUACACGGACAGCACCGGAAUUACGAGGCUCCUGUUCGGAGAAUGCCGUCGAGGGCUGCGGCUCGAUACAGUCGCGAAAAUGCGAGUCGUGAUCCCCAUGCAGAGAACGUGUUGUUGGUUAGUCGAAAGCAGGCACGGGACGCGCGGCCCGAGGUGCAGAAUCUGAGAUCUCCGAUAUAAGGCUGGGCCGGUCCGGAAGCAUUUUGAGAUUGUGGCCCACGUUGCAGACAUGAAAUCGCUCGCUUUGAACCCUCUUGUGCUCGCCGUCUUGCUUGCUGCUGUGCAGGCGGCUGACUCCACAACGACAACCAAUACGGCCACCACUGGAACCACUGG